CCAGGAUUCAUUGCACCUUGCAGAAGGAGAAGAAACGUCUAUUUUACAAAAUCUCCUCUUUUACUACAAAUACCCAAACUCAUCUCUUUCUUCUCAUUUUCCGAGAGCUGCCGGUGAUUUUUGUUUCUCUUCGCCGGAUCCAUUAGGCUUCGGCGUCUGCGUCUUUUGACUGGAAUCUGGAAACAAUCUUAAAUGUCCCGUGGAAGAGUUUCUUUCAUGGAUCUGAAACGAGUUUAUGAUGUUGAACAAGCAUGCUCUAUUCCAAACACAUUCCCAGAUGACGAUGAUGAUGCUGAUGAUCUAUGGCCGCUUGGUGAGAUUGAUCCCAAAAAGUUGAAAUUCCCUUGUUGUAUUGUGUGGACUCCUCUCCCUGUUGUCUCCUGGUUGGCUCCUUUCAUUGGCCAUGUUGGACUUUGCAGAGAAGAUGGAGUCAUCUUGGACUUUGCUGGUUCUAACUUCAUCAGUGUUGAUGAUUUCGCAUUUGGUCCUCCUGCUCGCUAUCUCCAACUCGAUAGAAAACAGUGUUGCAUGCCACCAAACUUGGGUGGGCAUACUUGCAAGUAUGGGUACAAACACACGGAGUUUGGAACAUCGGUUACAUGGGAUGAUGCACUUAGCGCGAGCGCACGUAACUGUGAGCAUAGAACCUACAACCUCUUCACCUGUAACUGCCAUUCAUUUGUUGCAAACUGUCUCAACCGUCUUUGCUAUGGCGGCUCAAUGGAGUGGAAAAUGGUGAACGUUGCUGUUCUGAUUCUGAUGAAGGGCAAAUGGGUCAGCGCGUCAUCAGUAAUCCGCUCGUUUCUGCCGUGUGCUGUGGUCACGUGUCUUGGUGUAUUGCUUGUUGGGUGGCCCUUCUUAAUUGGCCUCUUCUCCUUCUCGUUACUACUCGUCGCCUGGUAUAUAAUUGCUACGUACUGUUUUAAGAACAUAAUGUGUUGAAGCAGUAGGAACUACUGUAUGUUAUACUAUCUUUGAGUUGUUCUCUUUUCCUUUCGACAUUAUCUAGCUUUCAUGUCCAUUCAAGUAUUUUGCUUCUCAUUAGUCAAUCUGAAGCUCGAUAAGAUAAAACGAGUGGUCAAGCUGACGUGCAUAGUGUGGUUGUGUUCAUGAGAAACAAUCUAUUGAUUUACAAAAUGUUAAGAGGUUUGUUGCAUUAUAUACAAAAACGAACUCCC